CACGCCAACAAAAAUGACGUCAUCAACCGGGUUUGUUCCUACGGCAAAACCGAAAGCAAGCUCUGUCAAAAUAAACUGAUGUAGAAGCAAAUGGACUUCCAGCUACACUGAUUUGACUGUCUCCUCUCCUAGAGAGCUGGAUAGUGCUGAAAAAUGAAUGGGGAUACGAACCAGACUAUGGAUGAUGACAUAAGACAGCAUAAUCUACCAAAGAAAAUUAAAAAAGGUGGCAAUGGAGACAGAAGUAAUUCUGAAGAAGAAGAAGAGUGUUACACGGAUGAUGGUGAUAAAAAAAAUAGACUGGACACUGAGCAACCUGAGGACACAAGAAUGCAUAACCAACAGAAGGAUGCUGGAGUCAGUGGUCAGUCUGAUGUGGAAUGUGAGGACUUUGACACAUCAGAUGGGAAGCGCGUCAAAGACAAGAACGAAAACAAUGAAGUACCAUAUGCUGGGGAUGGCCCAAGAUCGAGAAGGUCCAAUAACAAACAAGAAAUAGGACUGGACACUGAGCAACCUGAGGACACAAGAAUGCAUAACCAACAGAAGGAUGCUGGAGUCAGUGGUCAGUCUGAUGUGGAAUGUGAGGACUUUGACACAUCAGAUGGGAAGCGCGUCAAAGACAAGAACGAAAACAAUGAAGUACCAUAUGCUGGGGAUGGCCCAAGAUCGAGAAGGUCCAAUAACAAACAAGAAAUAGGACUGGACACUGAGCAACCUGAGGACACAAGAAUGCAUAACCAACAGAAGGAUGCUGGAGUCAGUGGUCAGUCUGAUGUGGAAUGUGAGGACUUUGACACAUCAGAUGGGAAGCGCGUCAAAGACAAGAACGAAAACAAUGAAGUACCAUAUGCUGGGGAUGGCCCAAGAUCGAGAAGGUCCAAUAACAAACAAGAAAUAGGACUGGACACUGAGCAACCUGAGGACACAAGAAUGCAUAACCAACAGAAGGAUGCUGGAGUCAGUGGUCAGUCUGAUGUGGAAUGUGAGGACUUUGACACAUCAGAUGGGAAGCGCGUCAAAGACAAGAAAGAAAACAAUGAAGUGCCGUAUGCUGGGGAUGGCCCAAGAUCGAGAAGGUCCAAUAACAAACAAGAAAUAGUGAGAGAUGAAGCGACUUCACCAAAAGGUUGUUGUGCACAUCCUGGUGAAGGUGACACUUGUGGCCAUGUUGAAACAAAAAAGAGCCCAGUUGUUGAAACUUCCAACACAGGACAUAUUACAUGGUACGUAUUACCUGUGAUAUUACUUUCUCUGCCUGUGGUCGUGUGGUUCCUGAACACCCCAUCUCCAUCCUUGCAAAAAGAGUUUAACUUGCUGGAGGUGUUCUGUCAAGAAAUGGACAAGGUCCAAGCCACUUUUCCCAGCCAGCACCGUGAGCUGUGGAGAAGAAGCAGGAUCCACCUCCAGAAACAUCUCAAUCUGACUGAUCCAACUGAACCAGUGAGUGUCAUCCUAACAUCUGGCCGUGGUGCUGAGACGACUCUGGGCUGUCUGGCUCAGCAGUUAGCUGCAGCAUUUUCGAAUGCUCUCAACUCCUCAGUCCUGGAUAUUGAUGGAACCAGCAAAAGCGCACAAGACAGCGACCAGGUUAAACUGGACAUUGAUAAAGCUCUGAAAGAGGCCUUUGAGGGUGGUACACAGGCAGCUGUUGUUCACCGUUUUGAAGAGCUUCCUCCUGGAUCUACACUCAUCUUCUACCGUUACUGUGAUCAUGAGAACGCAGCAUUUAAGAAAGUCUUUCUUGUUUUCACUGUGAUGCUACAGGAAGACGUGGAUUUCCCAUCUAAUAUCAGUCUGGGAAUGGUGGAGGAGGCAGUGCAAGAGUAUUUAAAAGAGAAGUUUGUCUCCUCUGACAGAAUGGCCAAGUUUAACCAGAUGGAUUUAGACAAGCUAAGUGGACUGUGGAGUAGAAUUUCCCAUCUCAUCCUACCGGUAGCUGCAGAGCAGAAUAUUGAACAGCGUGGCUGUCAAACGUAAAGAUGACACUCUGUGGACUGAACUGGAGGCUUAUUAUAGUUAACCUGCAGAACUGGUAGGGAAAAAUUAACAGGGAUCUACUACGGAUUCAUAGUUCAACAUAAGGGUGCGUGUUUGAGAGAGAGAGACUCUGAUAGUACUUGAAUUAAUUUGAAAAUAUGCCUUAAGGUGACACCUUAAAUUUUGUGUAGCUUAAAAUUAUAUACAAUUGAGAAAUUUUAACAAUACACUAGAAAACCUGUCAUUUGAAAUAAUGCAAUGGAUCUCACUAGUUUAAUAAUUUCUGGCUUCUAACCAUUUUUCUACACAGUUGCCUUUCAGGAAAUAUUAUUUUUUCCUUGUAUAAAUAAAUACAUAAGUCAAUUAGAAUAAUCUGUGCUUAAUAUUACUGUUUUUCAUGACUGUGAAAAGCUGUGUAUUCCUUAACUGGUUGUGAUGUCUUGAUGCUUGAUAUCAUAAAUAUCCAGUUAUGGUAUUUAUGCUGUU